GGCGGGUGUUUGGAAGGCGGAUGUCCAUGCGUUAACCCACGCGUGAUGAAGAUGUUCCAGCAGUGUGUGUGAUCAAUACCACCGUGGAUCACCGGGGCUCUGGUGUAACGUCACUGCGUGUCUGCACGGUCGGAAUGAGCAGGAUCAACAGCAAGAAGAAGCAGGGGGAGGAUGCAGCGGUUCAGGGCACUAAUGACAGCAGUGUGGUCAGCAAGGCGUCAGCGGCGGCUCAAGGCUACUUCCACGAUGACUUCCUCAGACAUUUUGUGCUGAAGGUGUCACGAAGAGCUCCUCUCAUCAACAGGGGCUAUUACAUUCGCUGGAAAGCAGUCGAUCACUGCGUGAAACAGUUUCUGUGUGUUACGGACGCCUGUGAUAGGAGACAGAUCCUGUCUUUGGGUGCAGGCUUCGAUUCGCUGUACUUCCGGCUUCACGCAGAAGGGGCGCUGGCGCGGGUUGGCGUAUUCGAGGUCGACUUCCCUGAUGUUGCAAGGCGCAAGGCGGCCCUCAUCGGCAGCAAUCAAAGCCUGAAGGACGGUCUUCCAGAUCGCGAAAUCUUAGCUGGCCCUGUGUACGUAAACAGUGCUCACUACAAGCUGCUUGGCGUGGACGUGAGGAACGAGAGCGAGGUGCAGGAGGUUCUGAGUGCAGCCGGACUGCAGUACAACUCUCCUACACUGAUUCUCUCAGAGGUGGUGCUCACUUAUAUGGAAACACACUGGUCAGACGCCGUGAUCGGCUGGGCGGCGAGGAUCCUCCCCGAGGCUCUGUUUGUGAUGUACGAACAGAUCCGCCCAGACGAUCCCUUUGGUAUGGUUAUGCAGAACCACUUCCUGAAGCUAAACUCCAAAAUCCAUGCUCUCUGCCAGUACCGGGAUACGACAGCACAGACCGAGAGACUGUUACGAAAGGGCUGGGAGAAAUGCACCUGCUUGGAUAUGAACCAGUUCUACUUCGGUCUUCUGACAGACGACGAGAGAGAGAGGGUGGAGAAGUUGGAGCCGUUCGAUGAAUUUGAGGAAUGGCAUCAAAAGUGCUCUCAUUACUUCAUCCUCACCGCUUCUAAAGGCUCUCUGACCAGUCAAGCAGUCCUCACACUCCCCACAGAGUCCCCCGUUCCUUUGAUCAAGCCUGGUCCAGAGGGUUUGCCUUUGGCGGUGCAGCUCAUGCCCGAAGCUCUGUGUGUAGAGGCGGUGGGAAUGGCCUCUUCCCUGCUUGAGCCUGGGGUCGUGCUCCUCACCGGCGGCUGUGGGAGACGAGGCCGGAACACUGCAGCCACACUUUUGAUCAGAGAGAACACUGCCUGGAGUUAUGCCACCGUGGAGCCAGAUGGAGAGAAAUGCAUGCGGAUGUAUCACUCCAUGACCUCUGUCGCUGGUUGGGGUGCGGUAAUUCUAGGUGGCAGAACUUCUCCUCUCAACCCCAUUGAAGACAUUCUAAGGGUCACCUAUCUGACCAACCAGUUGAACUCUAAAAACAUGCUGGUAUCUAUGCACAAAAUGGUUUGUACUGGAACAGCACCAAAGUCAAGAUGGCGGCACACAGCUACCUUGCUGAGUCAUGGUGAUAGGAACUACUUAUUUGUUUUCGGUGGCCGUACAGAAAGGGAACUGGUUUUAGGUGAUGCACACUUCCUGUGUUUGGAGGACCAGCACUGGACAGAGGUCCCACUUGAAGGCUGCAUCGCUGAACCGCGGCACUCGCACUCUGCUUGUGCCUAUAGACAAGGCCUGGUGAUCUUUGGAGGCCUGGGCCAAGGCGGUGUCCCUUUAGGAGAUGUCGUCCAGCUGAAACCCACGUCCACAGGGUUCUGCUGGGAGAAGUUGCAUGUCUGUCCAGCCUUAGUACCAAGGUAUUCCCAUUGCGCUCGUGUGAUUGGUGAGAAUCUGGUGGUAGUUGGUGGGGUCUGGCUCCAGGCAGAAGGUGUCCCAGGAGCUGCUGUAAUAAACCUGACCACCAGGGUCAGUGUUGAAGUCCGCUUAGACACAUCACCUGUCCCUUGGCCCCUUAUGCUUCAUUCUUUCUGCUCAGAGCUGCUGGACCAUGAUGGAGCUGAGAUCAUGCUGAUUGGUGGUGGAGGGAACUGCUUCUCUUUUGGCACCCACCUCAAUUCCCAGCCUGUUAUUCUAGAUCUGAGACCUGUGCUUCAAAACAUGGCAUGUAACAUGUAACUAAAGCUAGCGAUGGAGACCAGAAUCAUGUUUAGUAAUUAAAACUUUGUAAAAUAAUCAGACAGACUCUUCCAAGCAAUCAACAACCAAACUUUAUUUCAUCCAGGACCUCGGUUUAAAUCACAACCAAAGAGCCCUAAUCAUGUGGCAGGGGGGCAUCAGCGCAUCCUUGUUUGGUUACGGUCACUCGGUCAGGCGGCGGAAGGACUGGACGAUGGGACACACUGCUCCCCAGUCCACAGGCUUGCGAUAUUCGCCUUUUUCCAGGACGUACUGGCGUCCACGGUAAUUGGGGUGCUCGUAGAAUACCCAGUAGCCGUUCAGGACCUUGCAGGACUGCACCUCUCUCAAGCGGUAACGCUCCAGAACGGAAGGGCAAUCCUCGGUGGCCUCAAACGUCUGACCUGCAAAGUCUGCCUUGUCGUAGAGCUGCAGCUUGUACUGGGUCCCGGUUUUCUGGAAUAGACAUCAAGAGUUGGAGAGUGUUGGGUUUAGGGAAUAAAGGGAUGGAGUAGAAAGGGGACGACAGGACACCAAAGGUGAUAACUUCUACGGCUACAAGUUAUUGUUUGAAAAGAAUUGCCUUAUAUAUAAUUUUUAUUGGGAAAAA